AUGAAGCAUUUGAUAAGCAAGCAGCAAUAAUAUACUUUUGCACUACUGAGGGGCAAUAAUAGACAGUCCAUAUCUUAAACUUUCCAAAGAGGUCUCUAUUAAUCUAGAUUAUUUAGCAGCAAGAUCUUUGCUGAGGGACUUCCAACUGAUUGGACUUAACAAGAAAUCGCCCAAUAUUAUGGAGUUGUUGGGGAAAUCACUUAAGUUAAUUUGGUAAAAAAUACAAUGGGCUAGAAUACAGGCAAGGCUAUAGUUACCUUUAGCAAGGAUUAGGCUUAGAAAGCAGCAGUUUAAAAGUUCAAUAACUUUGCAGUCAACAACAUAAUUACUAUUGUUAAGCCAUACUUUGAGAGCAAAGACCAAAUUAGUCCAAGGAAUGUGCCAAGUCUAAUCAAGAGAAGACUGUACUUAAUGAAUGUGCCUUAUGAUGCUCAUGCUAAAGAGGUUGAAAACCUUGUUAAGGAAUUCGCUUAGGUAGAUGAAGUUAUUCUUCCAAAAGAUAAGAGUGGAAGACCAAGAGGAUAUGCUUUCGUUUACUUAAAGGAUGCUAAGGAUGUUGAUAAGGCCAUUGAAUAUGUUGAUGGCAGACACAUUAGAGGCAGAUAAAUAAGAGCUCAGUCAGCAUCUGAUGUUAAGGAUAUAGAUUCAUUUUUAUCUUAUGUCAGGUUUGUCAGAAGAGCUUUCCUCACUCAAGUUCAUGACUCUAAAUACUUUAAUGAAGAUAAUUCCAAGUCAAACUAGAUGUAUCUACAGCAAAUGUAGGAUUCUCUAAUCUUAUACAGCUAGGAGAAUUAAGUGACUAUUGAAGAGUCUACAUAAAUCUUAUUGAGGGACUUCGGCCAAAUUGAAUAGCAAUAAUUUGCAGAGCAACUCGAAAAAUUCAUUGAGGAAUCAAAAAAGUAAAUCUAAUAGAACGAAGAAAAGUGGAGCGAGGAGGAGAGACAGAAGUACCCUACUUUGUACUUUGCUGAAAAACUUCAGGAAUAAAUUAACUCAUCCCUUGGAAUGCCAAAGGAGAUACUUUAUCCCCCAAAGAGAGAGCAAUUCAAGCCAAUGGUUAAUGGUCAGAUUAGUAUUGGAGAAAUAGUCUGA